AUGGCACCUGGCGGUGGACGCGAUUUCAACUGCACUUGGGAGCAUUGUAACAAGUCCUUCAACCGCAAAUCAGACCUGUGCAGGCACUACCGGAUACACACCAACGAGCGACCGUAUCACUGCACAGUCAAGGACUGUAAUAAGAGCUUCAUCCAGCGCAGUGCAUUGACCGUGCAUUCGCGGACACACACAGGAGAGAAGCCUCAUGUCUGUGACCACCGAGGAUGCCACAAGGCCUUUUCGGAUUCAUCGAGUCUCGCCCGUCAUCGGAGGAUCCACACGGGCAAGCGGCCCUAUAUCUGUCAAGAGCCAACGUGCGAACGAGCCUUCUGCCGCAAAACCACGUUGACCAAACAUCAACACCGCUCCCACCCCCCAGGAUCUAUGACUCGACUGCCCUCAGAAGAUGCGAUUUCGGAACACUCGUAUCAAGGGCAAGUCGGCGUUCCCGUUCCGAAUGAACAGUACCUUUUAGCCCAGCAACCCUACUAUCCUCAUACCCCGACACCAACUCAUGAGUUUUAUCCUCACCAGAGCCUGCACAUAACGUCGGUACCCGUACAAGAACCGCCUCCGAUUGUGGCCCAGCACGUCCCGGUCACAUCCCCGGUCGACGUACAGCGCGCUCAGCAACACUACCUGCAGCUGGUUCAACAGCAGCGGUAUGAUCCUGGCCGUCAGGGAUAUUUACCGCCGGAGUUCCAGCCACCCUACCACAGCCUUCCAACGGCGGAGGGGCCCCCGCUCCUCGUCACUAAUACUCAGAGUGAAUACAAGCCACCGACGGCCCGAAUCCUGAACCAGCCCGAGGGAACGGACUGGGGGUUCCUCGGGGUUGGUUAAGGAGCCGGCGACGGUUGUUUUCCCGCAUGAUUCGACAGCGAUUGUUUCAGACUUGGAGUUACAAUGCAUGUGUAUUUUGUGUGAUGCCCUAUCAUGACUGUCAUUUACGAGUCCUAAUUUGGUCAGACGCCUAACCCGCUGACAUUCUCUUUCUUCCUCAAUCUCUGGCACUGCGCCAUUUGUGCUAUUUGCUGCGGACUGUUGAUUUGGUUAAGUUGAUCCCCUUGUCAAAAGGCUGCGAAGAGGCGACUGUCCUAUUUUUUUGAUACCUUGGCAAAUGAUGCAGUAUAUGUUGUUUAUGCGCAUAGCCUACGCGUGCAGGCACCUGAUUUGACCACCACGUAUAUCGAUCAUGGAUGAAUGUACUUAUUUUCCGA